AUGAGCUCAAGCAAUAACUUAGAAAAUAAAAAAACAGAAGCACAAACAGCGCAUGAUAAAAAAAUGACGGAAUUUAUGAAUUUAUUAGGUGCAAAUGAGCCUUUAAUACCAGAUCAAGUGGUUGACCAUUACCUCAAUAAGGCGGGAUUCGAGUGUAACGAUGAGAGAUUAAAGAGGUUAUUCAGUCUGGCAUCGCAGAAGUUUAUAAGCGAUAUCUCUAAUGACGCGUAUCAGUAUGCAAGAAUUCGUACAAGUGCAGGACCGGGUGGAAGAGGUAGACCGACGGGGACAUCAAAAUCAAAGACUGUGUUGACAGCAGAUGAUCUCACGGCAGCUUUGAGUGAUUAUGGGAUUAAUGCGCGUAAACCUGAUUAUUAUAUUUGA